CGCGCGGGGGCUGCCGGGAGCGGCAUGGCUCGCUAGGCGGCGGCGGCGCGCGGAAUCAUGGAUCCCAGCUUGCUGAGGGAGCGGGAGCUGUUCAAAAAGCGAGCCCUCUCCACGCCGGCCGUAGAGAAGCGCCCGGCGCUCUCCUCGGACUCCUCUGCUUCCAAGAAGAAGAAGGCCAAGGUAGAACAAGGGGGCUCCUCCAGCUCUAAACAAAACACAGAUCACAGCAAUGGAUCAUUUAACUUGAAAGCCCUUUCAGGAGGUUCUGGCUACAAGUUUGGAGUCCUUGCUAAAAUAGUGAAUUACAUGAAGACCCGGCACCAGCGCGGGGAUACACAUCCAUUAACCCUGGAAGAGAUCCUGGAUGAAACUCAGCAUUUAGAUAUUGGACUCAAACAGAAACAAUGGUUAAUGAGCGAGGCUCUUGUCAACAAUCCCAAAAUAGAAGUUGUGGAUGGGAAGUAUGCUUUCAAACCCAAGUACAACUUGAAAGACAAAAAGGCUCUGCUCAGGCUCUUGGACAAGCAUGACCAGCGAGGGCUGGGAGGAAUCCUUCUGGAGGACAUCGAGGAAGGGCUGCCCAACGCACAGAAAGCCAUAAAGGCUUUAGGGGACCAGAUCAUCUUUGUUAAUCGCCCUGAUAAGAAGAAAAUUCUUUUCUACAAUGACAAGAGCUGUCACUUUGCUGUGGAUGAAGAGUUUCAGAAGCUGUGGAGGAGCAUUCCUGUGGAUUCUAUGGAUGAGGAGAAGAUAGAAGAGUAUCUGAAACGACAGGGUAUUUCUUCCAUGCAAGAAACCGGACCAAAGAAAAUAGCUCCCAUUCAGAGGAGGAAGAAACCUGCUUCUCAGAAGAAACGCCGGUUUAAGACUCACAAUGACCACUUGGUUGGAGUAUUAAAAGAUUACUCUGAUGUGGUUCCUGGCAAGCAGUGAGCGGUUCAGUUCUGGAGCGAGCGCGCGUUUCUAGAUGGGCUUUGUGCUGCUGGGGCUCGGUGUCUGCUCACAGAAGGACUGGCUGUAUAUAAUAAUGUGAUGUGUUUCCCCCACCCCAGCAACUGCCGAGGUGAAACAGGUCAGUUUAAGAGCAAGUAUGAGCUACUAAAUUUAGAGGUUAAUUUAAUUAGCUAAUGGGAAACGUGUCUUUGAGUAAGAGGUUUUCACUAGUUGCCUGUUGGCAUAGGGUGAUAAAUGGUGCUCAGCAUGUAAUGCAGGAAUUCCUGCUCAGUGCUUAACUCUGCUUUUACAUUGCUUAAUGGGUAUUUACCUGGAAUUACUUACAGGGGGCUUUCUAGUGGGAUUGAAUACAGCAUUUGUUUUACCUAUUUCAGGGAAACCUUUUCCUAAAAUCACUGCAGGCAAAGUUUCUCUCACAGUCAAAUACACCCACGGUUUGUAUGCUUCCUCUUUGCCAUGGGACUGAGCUUUACUGAAAGGGGUGUUAUCUGAGACUCGAACUCGGAAAACCCCCUCUCCCAAAAUCCCAGCAGGCUGUGGGAUGGGAUGCAGCCAGAGCUUCCUAAUGUUGAUUAGGAAUUGCCCUUGGUGAUGUCUCCUCACUGUUGUGGGUACAAGUGUGUUGCACAUUCUGCUCGGUGCACAGGAGGGAAAUAAAACGACGGUGUAAUAUUAAAGUGUUUUUUUUUUCUUUUAAGUAAUAAAUUUACAAUGCAGGUUUCCA